AUGGAUGCGCUCAAUAUGGAACGGAUCGCCCGGGCGCCCGAGCCCGUCGUACGCGCAAUUUUGAAUGUCCUCUGCCGCGACACCAGGUUGCUGGACAAAGCCAUAGUCGCUCUCGACAUGAUAGAGGUUUUGCAGAGGCAAGCGAUCGAGCGCCGCCUUCAGACGGAACGAGCCACCGAGGGUAGCAGCGCCGCGACGGACACAGAUUUGGACGAGGAGGCGGAGGACGAGGACACGGAGGACAAGGCCACGGAAAACGAGGUCACGGAGGAGUCAGUCAACGGGGGUAGCGGCCCGAAGAAAAAGGCAGAUACGGGUAUGGAGUACUGCGUGCAGUGUGAUGAGCCCUUUUACGAGGAUGAAAACCACAAGAAGGCAUGCUGUUGGCAUGAUGGCGAGAUGGAACAUGACUCCAAUGCGGAGGAAGAUGAUGAGAACGAAUACUAUGACGACGGCAUACCGCUUGAGAGAACGCCACAGCCUGAAACCUCAAUUUGGACCUGCCGCAACGACAGAGGCGAUUCUGCUGGAUGUAACAAAGGCUACCAUAAGACGGCGAGUAGCAAACACAACAGUCGCUAUGCUCACCGGGAGGGGUUAGGGGACUGA